AGUAGUCGUUUGUAUAAUGCACUAAUUUCGUUGUGUACUAAUUUUUUCGUAUUGUAGAGUUUAUUUAUAAAAUAAUAAAUUAAUAUAUAUAUCCAAUGGUCAAUUCAGAUAGUGGGUCAGAGUCGGAUUCUGGAGAUAGCGGCAGCCGAAGCGGCUCUAGUAGUCGUAGUGUUUCACCGCAACCAAUAACUAAAGAGGGACCAGCUUCAGAGCGUCAUGAGGAAGGCUCGCCUAGAAGUCAGAAAUCAGGAAGUGGAAGCGAACGUUCUGGUUCACAAAGUCGAAGUUCUCGUUCACGUUCACGUUCGGGUAGUGGUUCAAGAAAAUCACAUUCUCCAUCUAGAAGUCGUAGUCGAAGUGGUUCAAGAUCAGCAAGUUCAGGUAGUCAUCGAUCUAGUUCUAGUGGUAGUAGGCAUUCUAAUUCAAUUGGAAGUCCUCACUCACCAAGAUCAAAACAUUCGCCAACGCCGGAAAAAGAAAUCACUGAAAAACCUGCAAUUGAAACAAUAAAUGAUGGAGAUUCCCGUUCACAAUCACCAAAUUUACAAAUAGAUGAUGGUGGUAACAGCAGAUCUCGUAGUGGCUCUAGAAAAUCGCAUUCACGUUCUCGUAGUGGUUCAAGAAAAUCUCAUUCACGUUCUCCACAAAAGAAGUCACGUAGUCGGAGUCGAAGCCAAUCUAAAAGUCCAUCACGAAGCAGAUCAGGUACUCCAUCGCAUAAAUCACGUAGUGGUUCGGAAUCAGGUACUGAUAAUGAAGGCAACAGAAAUGUUGCCAAAAAACGCAAAGCAGUUUCUAGUGGUUCUGAAUCUGAUAAGGAAACUACAAAAGAACCGAAGAAAAAUCGAAUUGUGGAUAGUGACAGUGAUAGCGAUGAACCUACUAAAAAAUUAGAUGCUCAAGACAUAUUUGGUGAUGCCGACGAUAUAAGCUUAUCUGAAGAUGAUGAAAAGAAAUCAGUUGCUGACUCGAGAAAUGGUUCAAUUAAAAGUCGUUCACGUUCUAAAUCGAGAUCUCGUUCCCGUUCAAGUUCACGCCAUUCUGGCCGUUCUAAAUCUCGUUCAAAGUCACGUUCACGUUCCCGCUCACGAUCACGUUCGCGAACACCUUCCAAAUCUCCAGAAAGAGGCGAAAUUGUUCAAAUGAAAGAAAAUGAACCAGAACAAAUCCCUGAAACUCGUAUUGAGGUUGAUAUACCACGCAUUGUUACAGAUUUAGGAAAAGAUUUACAUUUUGUUAAAUUACCAAAUUUCUUGUCUGUGGAAACAAGACCAUUUGAUGUUGAAACGUAUGAGGAUGAAAUUGAUGAGGAAGAAACAAUGGACGAAGAAGGUCGACAACGCAUUAAGCUUAAAGUUAGUAAUACCAUACGUUGGCGUGAAACAAUGAAUAAUAAUGGAGACAUGAUUAAAGAAUCAAAUGCUCGUAUGGUGCGCUGGUCUGAUGGUAGCAUGACUUUACAUUUGGGAAACGAAACAUUUGAUGUGUACAAGCAACCAUUGCAUGGUGAUCAUAAUCAUAUGUUUAUACGUCAAGGUACUGGUCUUCAAGGUCAAGCUGUGUUCCGAACUAAACUAACUUUUAGGCCACACUCUACGGAGUCUUUCACGCACAAAAAGAUGACAAUGUCUUUGGCAGAUCGCUCACAAAAAACAAGCGGCAUCAAAAUACUUACACAAGUUGGUAAGGAUCCGACAACAGAUCGUUUAUAUAACUUAAAGAAAGAAGAAGAAAAAUUAAGACAGGCUGCUCGAAAUCAAAAUAAACCGCAGCCUAAGAAAAAGAAGGCAGGCGUACAUGAUUUACUUACUAGCGCAAAUACUUCGUAUCAUCAGGAUGAAGGAAGUGAUGAUGAGAAUGUAAUCUCUUUGAGUGCUAUAAAAAAUAAAUACAAGAAUAAUGCAGCGGGCGGUUCUGGAGCUGGUAAAGAAAAAUCAGCAAUUUAUUCAUCCGAUGAUGAUGAUGGCUCAGAUUUUGAAGUGAGACGGCAUAAAAAGGUUGGUAAAGCUAAAGCACUACGAGAUUCGGAUAGUGAAUCUGAUGCAGAUCAAGGCAGUGAAAAAGGUGCUGCUAGUCAUUCAGAUAAUAAUGACGACGCCAAAUCUGGUGGCAGUGGAAGUCACAGUGAUGACGAAUAAAUAAAACAUGUUAAUAAUACAAUUAUGUUUAAAUUAUAUUAAAAUAUCUUCAACUAA